AGGCCAGAAGUACUGCUAUAGAAGAUAGAUCCACAGAAAAUUUAAUUAUAAAUCAAUAUAGUGGUGUUCCUACAGUAUGUGUAUCCACCAAAAGAAAUGCAUACAAAAUUAUGCACAGAACAUCCACAAUGUUUUAUUUGAUGAUAUGAUACACCAAUGUUUUGUACUUGAAUAUUUCACUAAAUAUAAGAAUUAUAAGAGUUACUUCAAGUUAAGUGGUGGCAAAUGAAGGGAUUUAAGGGGGAAUCAGGGAUCAAUCAAUGAAUCAAUGAAUCAAUGAAAUCACUAUAAUAAUAUCUAACAACAUACACAUGACUCUGCAUGUUUCACCACUGCUGUACUGUAUUAUGGGCAAUUGUAUGUGCAUGACACACUAACUAAAUAACUAACUAUAUAUUUAUUUAUUUACUGCAGUGCAUCCACUCAAAAUAUAAACAUGUUCUAGCCAUAGAGUGUGUAUACAUUUAUAUUUAUUAUUACUUAUAUUUUAUAAACAGUCUAUGGUCCUUACAGGUACCACGUUAAAGGAAAGAUGCAGAUGUGCUCUGACAGCUGCAGAUGUGCGCGUGCGCAGAGCAGCCAGCAGAGGGCGCUGCAGGCCUGUAUGUGUCAUUGAAGAUGGUUAAAAAUUGAGGACGCUUUUCCAAUCCUCCUUUUUUCCCCACAUGAAACCAGGUCCGCUCUUCUCUUCGCCUCUCAUAGUAUCACCUCUUUACUAUCUCUACAGUCAGCCGGUUCUCCUCCUGUCAACAUCUCGUCUUCUUUACCGCUCUCGGAUCAGCUCGUACCGGUCGGAUCCGUGUCUGUUUCCAGCUGUGUGCCUGCUCCAGUCCCGCAGGCAGGGUCGGCCAUGUUGUUGUGUGGGGGUUGAUGUAAGUUUAGUAGUAGGAAGUAGCUCCUUCAAAGAGCUGGGACACUUUAGGCUCUCACUUUUUCCUUUCUUCUUUUUUUUAUAUAAACCGCUGUCAUGCUGUUUUGCUGCUGGAUUCCUCCUCUCUGACCUCACGGCGAUGACUGUCUCCUCCGCCGCCGCCGCCGCCGCCAUCCGUUACGACCGUUACGACCGUUACACCUUUUUCUGCUUUGAUUUAACUUCAGUCGCUCCGCUGGAUGGAUGAAGUGAGGAUGGAGUCGCUGGAAUAAAACUCAAAGAUUGAUUUCUUUUAAACAUCCCAGAUCAGGAGGGGAGGAAAAACGAGAAGAAAACACUCCCCAGAAAGGACGCGGAUUUGUGAAGCAGGGCGAGACGAUGGGCUGCAUUAAGAGCAAAGAGGACAAAGGCCCUACGAUGAAGUAUCGGCCAGAGAAUUCCCAGAUGUCAGACCCCAACGCCGCCGCCGCCAUGCCUCAUGUAGGCCACUACGGGCCGGAUCCCACCCAGCUGCAGCAGAAUCAACCUCCCUCAUCCUCGUCUGGCUCCGGGGCCGCAAACUUCAACCACACCCUAACGCCGUUUGGCGGAUCCUCCUCCGCCAUGACUCCCUUUGGAGGGGCGUCGUCCUCCUUCUCUGGUCCUGUGUCCAACUCGUUCUCUGGUGCUGCCUCAAGUGGUGUUACCUUCUUUGUGGCCUUGUAUGACUAUGAAGCCAGAACAUCAGACGAUCUUUCUUUUAAAAAAGGCGACCGCUUCCAGAUCAUCAACAAUACAGAAGGAGACUGGUGGGAAGCUCGCUCCAUCAACACGGGGAAGAAAGGUUACAUCCCGAGCAAUUAUGUGGCCCCUGCGGACUCCAUCCAGGCUGAAGAGUGGUACUUUGGUAAAAUGGGACGUAAAGACGCUGAGAGGUUGCUGCUGAAUCCAGGGAAUCAUCGAGGAACUUUCCUGGUGCGAGAAAGUGAAACUACUAAAGGUGCUUACUCUCUCUCCAUACGCGACUGGGAUGAAGCCAAAGGAGACAAUGUGAAACACUACAAGAUCCGCAAACUUGACAACGGGGGAUACUACAUCACCACGCGAGCGCAGUUUGACACAUUACAGAAGCUUGUCAAACACUACACAGAGCACGCAGACGGGCUUUGCCACAGGCUGACCACAGUUUGCCCCACAGUCAAGCCUCAGACUCAGGGGCUCGCUAAGGACGCCUGGGAGAUUCCCCGGGAGUCCCUGCGACUGGAGCUCAAGCUGGGACAGGGCUGCUUCGGAGAGGUCUGGAUGGGCACGUGGAACGGCACCACCAAGGUGGCCAUAAAGACGCUGAAACCGGGAACCAUGUCGCCGGAGGCUUUCCUCCAAGAAGCUCAGAUUAUGAAGAAGCUCAGACACGACAAACUGGUGCCUCUUUAUGCGGUGGUGUCCGAGGAACCCAUCUAUAUCGUCACAGAGUACAUGGCCAAAGGGAGCCUGCUUGACUUCCUCAAAGAGGGUGAUGGCAAAUUCCUGAAGCUCCCCUUGCUCGUGGAUAUGGCUGCACAGAUCGCCGACGGCAUGGCUUUCAUCGAGAGGAUGAACUACAUCCACAGGGACCUGCGCGCCGCUAACAUCCUCGUGGGCGACAACCUGGUGUGCAAGAUUGCCGACUUCGGUCUGGCCCGGUUGAUAGAGGACAAUGAGUACACAGCGAGGCAAGGAGCCAAAUUCCCUAUUAAAUGGACGGCCCCCGAGGCAGCUCUGUACGGCCGAUUCACCAUCAAGUCAGACGUCUGGUCCUUUGGCAUCUUACUCACUGAGCUUGUCACCAAAGGCAGAGUGCCCUACCCAGGCAUGGUGAACCGGGAGGUGCUGGAACAGGUGGAGCGAGGCUACCGCAUGCCCUGCCCCCAGGGGUGCCCCGAGUCCCUGCACGAGAUGAUGAAGCUCUGCUGGAAGAAGGAGCCGGACGAGAGGCCCACCUUCGAGUACCUCCAGUCCUUCCUGGAGGACUAUUUCACCUCCACGGAGCCACAGUACCAACCCGGAGAGAACCUAUAGCCUGCCUGGACUCUGAAGGCGAUCUCCUGGGAGAAGACUUGUUUAAAGGCAGACAGAGGACACGGGCGCUGAACUGUUCGACCCUAUAAAAAGUUGGCUGGAAACCACAUAAACCACUACUUUGUUCUACCUGUUCUUCAGUGUUUGGUUCUACUUUAAUUCAUGGUACUACACAAGUCUUAGCUGUGUGAAUUUUUGAUUUUUCCUGUGGAGUUUUUUUUUACCUGACGAGCCAGAUGGUUUGUUACAAGUCGUCCUUGGAAACUGUUUGGAAAAAGGG